AUGUUGGCCAAAAGGAUCACCUUUCUCUUUACUGCCAUCGCUACCUUUCUGUUGGGGUUUGUACUUCAGCCAGAGAACCUUGCUUUCCAAGCAACCAUGGCUCCUGCUGUUGUUAGUCUCGAUCAUGAGGACAUUCCAUCUUCAAGGAGCACGGUUUCGUUGAACUUGAGCUUUGAGAUUCAUCCUCAAGCCGUCGAUCUCUAUGAAACAGUCACUGCUGAAUGCCAAGAACUCUACAAUGUUUACGGGCCAAUUGCAAUCGAUCUAUUCAACACUGCUUCUGAUGAGUUUGCACGAGCCUACGAGAUUUAUCAACCAAUCGCAUGGGAACUGUUGGACCAAACCGUUCGCCCACUCGCAAUGGACAUUCUCGACAUUGUAUCUACGGAAUUCCAGCAACUUUUUGGAACUUUCACGGAAGAAAUGUCGGCUCCCUAUUCUCUUUUCGGCUAUGGACGCAUCGAGGUUACGGCUGUGAGCUACGAUGCGAGUAGCACGAACCAGUCUUCGUUGUCUGGGGCCAUUCAUCCUGCUCAGGCAAUGAUGAUUUCGACCAAUGUCACCAGCAGUGUCACCAAUCUGACAAUGCUAGAAGGAAUUAUUGGUCAGAACUAA